AUCGCGGAGGCAAAUCUAAGAAAGGUGGAGACUUCAGGAUAACUUCCUACUCAGAACACUUAAAAAAGCACACCUUACUUCAGCAACAGGCCGACAUUAAAACACAGCCGAAUGGAAUAAUAUCGCAAAUAAACUCGCUAACAAGCACUUCACCAACACGGUUCCACGCGCAAGUAGGAUUUACUGCUAGCAUCCAGCCUGCUAGCUUACAUCAGCUACCAGGACGGGAGAUUGCACACAUCAGGAUCGAAGGACAGUAUGGUUGAGGUGGUGGUGGAGUACGAGUACAAAGCCCUCCACGAAGAUGAGUUGACCCUCAAGCUUGGAGAUAUAAUCAAAAACGCACGAAGAAUCGAGGAGGAGGGAUGGAUGGAGGGAGAUCUCAACGGAAGACGAGGCCUCUUCCCUGACAACUUUGUAAAGGAGGUGAAAAAAGAGGAGCCAAAGUCCAAAGAGGAGCAAAAGGAGGCUAAAGAAUCAAAGGAGGUGAAAGAACAGUCUCCGAUACGGCGGCGAUCAUCCGGGAACGUAGCAAGCCUGGUGCAGAGGAUCAGUACCUAUGGCAUCCCAGCAGGAGGACUGGGCUUCCAGCCCCACUCUCAACCCCGUGCCUCAAAAAAGAAACCCAAGAAGCGUCAGUGCAAAGUCCUGUUUGAAUACGUGCCUCAGAAUGAAGACGAGCUGGAACUGAAGCUUGGAGACAUCAUUGACAUCAUCGAGGAGGUUGAGGAGGGCUGGUGGAGCGGAACCAUGAAUGGGAAGUCUGGACUCUUUCCUUCCAACUUCGUCAAAGAAAUAGAAUCAACCGAAGACACAGAGACCGACAAUGUCACAGACGAGCCAGAUAACAGAGAUGGCACCUCUAGCCCCACGUCCCCUCUCCCAGGCAACGGUGUCAUGGCUCAGCCGAAGAAAGUUAAAGGCAUCGGCUUUGGUGACAUCUUCAGAGAGGGCUCUGUAAAACUCCACAAAGUCCAAAAAGCGCCUUCUGAAAGUGAGGAAAAGAAAGAAAAACCAAUUUCAUCAUUAUCAUCCGGCACAAAACCCACCCCUUUGAGCACUCCUGACCCACCUAAAGGAGAAAAAGAGGCAGAGAGCAAAGGAAAAGUAAAAGAAUACUGCAAGGCCACCUUCCCCUAUGAAGCUACUAACCAAGAUGAGCUGGAUUUAAAAGAGGGUGACAUCAUCCAUGUAUUGAGCAUGGGACAAUCCUCAAGUUCAUCAGUAAGACCAGCAGCACCAGGGCAGACACUGGAUACGGGAGAGCCGGGCUGGUGGAGAGGAGAGGUCAAUGGCAAACGGGGAGUUUUCCCAGACAACUUUGUGACUAUACUUUCUGAAACCGACAAAGAGACGCUAACAUCCAGAGGCUCCAUUAAAGCAUCUCCUAAACAGGAACCAGAGGAGAAGCCAAAGAAGCCACCACCACCAUCCAAAACUCCAGUCCUGAAACCAGAGGCCCCCAGUGCGGACAAAAAGCAACCACAGCCACGGACUGAGGAUAAAGUUGUCAAGCCCUUGCCAGAAAAACCUGCCAAACCAGCUGCACCCAUUGUCCCUCCCAAAAAACCUGUGCCUCCAAGCAAGGGACUUCUGCGUCCUACUUCCAUGCACUCAAAACGGCCUGACUUACCUCUUGCACCAUCACCAGCUGCUAAGCAAGUAUACAAUGGAGAAGUUUCCCACGUUCGACCAAAGUCAGAGUGUGAACCUUUACCCAGCAAGCCAAAAACAACCGUUGUGGAUGGCAGCGAGAAGAAUUCAGACAUGGUAGUCAAUCUCAUUAGUUUUGAUGACGUCUCCUCUACCUCUGAAAAGUUAUCCCACCCCACUGCAAACCGACCAAAGAUGCCUGGGAGAAGACUGCCUGGUCACAGAGGCCACUCUCCGAGCAAGGAGAUUAGCGAGAAAGCUGAAAAAACUGAGAAAGUGGAUGAAGUGGAUGUUGCACCUUCCCCACAGAGUUUGUUGAAGGCAUCUGUAUCAUCACCCUUACCAUCUCCUGUACUGAAAGCUAGUACAGCCACCCCAAUCAUACCCGAGCUCAAACCAAAAGCUGACAAGGAGGAGGAGAAAUCUGAACUGGAAGACCUUAAAGCUCAGAUGAAGGAGCUUGUGCUCUCUGUAGAGUUACUGAAGACACAACAAAUGAGAGAGCUCCAUGAUCUCAGAAGAGAGUUGGAUGAUGAACGACUCAAACGGGUGGCCCUGCAGAUGGAGAUAGAUAAACUGAAGAAGAUUGUACAAUCAACGUGAAAUCUUGCUGGUCCGAUAGUACCGCUGUCAUGUCUUUAGUGAAAAGUGACUCCAGAUGGAGGGACAGAUGUCAUACACGUAAUUUUUACACUCACUGGCACUGUUCCACAAAUUGUAAGAUUCACAUAUUUGCACAUAAAGAGUUUUUCUAGGUUUAGAAAAGUGUAAUUACGACAGAUGUAUAUGUUUGUUUGUUUUCCUUUCUUUUUUGCCAACAAAAAAUGAUUGAGGCCUUAUUUACCACUGUGCUGGAUAUGCAAUCUCUGCACUUAUUGAGAAGUGCAGCAGAGUAUGCAUUUAAUACUACUGAGUCUGUAUAAAUGAUUAUGGGGGAUUAUGUUGUUUCCUUGUUUUUUUAAGAUAUGGGUUAGAUUUUAAAGAAAACUCUUAUAACCCCAGUUCCAAAAAUGUUGGGACAAUAUGAAAAAUGCUAAAAAAAACAAAAAUGAGUGAUUUGUAAAUUAUAAUCACCCUUUGCUAUAUUGAAAGCUCUACAACUACAAAUGAUAUGAUGUUUUACCCUUUGUAUUUUAUUUUUUUUAAAUGUACAGUAAUUUCAAAUCAUAUGAUUGCAACACGCUCCAAAAAAGUUGGGACAGUCGAGUGUUUACCACUGUGAAACAUCACUAUUUCUUCUAAUAACACUUAUUAAGCAUUUGGACACUGAAGACACAAGUUUGUUAAGUUUAGAAAGUGAAAUUUCCCCCCAUUCGUCCAUUAUGUAGGUCUUUAGCUGCAAUUGUACGGUGUCUUCAUUGCCAUCUAACCCGCUUCAUAAUGCGCCACACUUUGUCAAUUGGAGACAAGUCAGGACUGCAGGCAGGCCAGUCUAGCACCCGCACUCUCUGCUUACACAGCCUUGCACUUGUAAUCUGGGCAGUAUGUGGUUUGAAGUUGUCCUGCUGGAAAAUGCAGGGACGUCCCUGGAAAAGACUGUGCUGGAUGGCAGUAUAUGUUGCUCCAAAAUUUGUACAUAUCUGUCUGCAUUCAUGGUGUUCUCACUGAUGUGCGAGUUACCCAUGCCAUGGGCACUGACACACCCCUGGCCCAUACAGACACUGGCUUUUGGACCUGACGCUAAUAACAGCUUGGAAUGGACCUUUUCUUCUUUUGCCCGGAUAACACGACGGCUGUGUUUUUCAAAAACUUUUUUUAAAUGUGGACUCUUCGGACCAAAAAACACAGUUCCACUGUUCUACUUUCCAUCUAAGAUGAGACUGAGACCAGAGAAGUUGGCAGCACUUCUGGACAGUGUUGAUGGAGGGCUUCUGCUUUGCAUAGUAAAGUCUUAACUUGCAUCUGUGGAUGCAGCGGCGUGUGGUGUUGACUAACAAAGGUUUACUAAAGUUAUCCCAAGUCCAUGUUCAUGAUAUCCAUUACAGAUGAUUGACGUUUUUUAAAACAGUUACGUCUGAGGGAUCAGAGCGCAUUCAGAAAUAGUUUUCGUCGCGCCAAGAUUUGACCAGAUUCCUUGAAUCUUUAAAGUAUAUUGUGCACUGUAGAGGGUGAAAUGCCCAAAAUCCUUCCAAUUUAUCUUUGGGGAACAUUGUUCUGAAAGUGCUGGAUUAUUUGCUGGAGCAUCUGUUGGCAAAUUGACAAGUCUUGAACGAUCCUUGCUCUUGAAGGACUAGGCUGUUUUUGGAGGCUCCUUAUACAGUAUGCAGUACUAUGACACAAAUGCCUCACCUGUUUAACAUCGCCUUGUUAUUUCAACUCGUCAAAUUGUUAUUAGUCUUAAAUUUCCCGUCUCAACGUUUUUGGAGUGUGUUGCAAUCAUCUGAUUUGAAAUUAGUGUACAUUUUCAAAAAAUCAAUACAAUUCAAAAGGUAAAACAUCACAUUAUGUGUAGUUGUGGUGCUUUCAAUAUUGAAUGAUUGCAAAUCACUCCUUUUUGUUUUUAUUAGCAUUUUUCAUACUGUCCCAACUUUUUCGGAAUUGGGGUUGUAUGAUCUCAGCAAUACUUUGUCUGUAUUAACCUCUUUAGAUGAUUCUAAAAUGUAUGGCAUACUCUUGUUUCCAUUGUGAGAAUACUCUGUUGCUGUUUCAAAAGGGAGAAUUUUUUUCUUUUUGUGUUUUCUAACAUUCCUAUCCAGGGUAACACUAUUGUGCCUGUUAAAGAUUUUUACAAGUGUUAAUACUGGGAACUCUCGUGCUGUGUGUGUGUGUGUGUGUGUGUGUGUGUGUGUGUAAUUGAUAUAUUUUUAUGGUCUACUGAUUGUGGCAUCAUAAAGAAAAAAUGUUCUGGGUUUUUGUAUCCAUGUCUGGUUUCAAACUUCCAUACACCCCAUACAGUUUUGUUUAAGUCUUCAAUAGCAGUGUCAUUUCACCAAACAAAUGGCUAGCAAUCCAUUUCACAAUUAAGUUCAAGUUUAACAAUGUAGAGUGCUGGAGUUUUUAUUCUGUAGGGCCGUUACUUCCCCUUGUAAUUACAAAUAUCAUGUUGAAAUCUGAAAGAUCCAUUUGGUGCUGCAGAAAGCAGCUUCAUUUUACAUAAUUUUUUACACUGUAGAGCAACAUUCCAUAUUUGUUUUGCCCCUGUAAUGUUUCAGUCCAGAAAAGCCAACUUGGUAUAACAUGCAUUACUUCAUCUCUUGAAUUGCAACAAUUCUAGAUAAAAGACUGCCAGUGCUGUUUCUAGAAGAUUGGUUGGCUGGCUGAAACAUCUGGAUUCACAGUUGUUUUAGAAACGUGCUGUAAACAAAAAUUAUUUCAUCAUAUACUCACCCUUGUGUUGUUCUCAAUCCAUAUAACUUACUUUCUGACAUGGAACAAGAAUACAAAUUCUGAAAAAUGUUGACGCUGCUCUUUUUCCAUAUGAUGAAAGGGAAUAGGAACAGAGGUCAUCAGUCCUUAACAUUCUACCUAACAUCUUUUGUAUUUAACUGAAAAAGAAAGUAAUUUUAGGUUUGGAACAACAUGAGGGUGAGUAAAUGAUGACAGGAUUUUCUUUAUUGGGUAAACUAUCCCUUUACAUUUAAAAUAACCCAUUAAUUAUACACGAUCAGCCACAACAUUAAAACCAACUGCCUAAUAUUGUGUUGGUCCCACUCGUGCCACCAAAACAGGGCCAGCCCGCAUCUCAGAAUUGCAUUCUGAAAUGCUGUUCUUCUCACCACAGUUGUACAGAGCAGUUAUCUGAGAUACUGCAGACUUUGUCAGUUCGAACCAGUCUGGCCAUUCUCUGUUGACCUCUCUCAUCAACAAGGCAUUUUUCAUCCACAGAACUGCCACUCACUGGAUGUUUUUUGUUUUGCAUGAGACUGUUGUGCAUGGAAAUCCCAGGAGAUCAGCAGUUACAGAAAUACUCAAACCAGCCUGUCUGGCACCAACAGUCAUGCCACGCUCCAAAUCAUUAACUGAAGCUCAUGACCCGUAUCUGCAUGGAUGAUUGUUGGUGCCAGACGGGCUGGUUUGAGUGUUUUUGUAACUGCUGAUCUCUGAAUGACAGAAUGACACAUUGAUCCCUAAAGCAAUAAACCAACACAUCUUUACAGUUAUCAUCUCUCUCCAUGUCAAAUGAAUAUGUUCACACUCAAUGAUUCUGUUACAUCAAAGGAUAACCCAUAAAAGUACAGGCAAUGUUUGGUAUCUGUGAUGUCUGUAAUUGAGUAGAACGCAUUCCAUUUUAUUUCUAACGAUGUCUCAAAAUUAUGUUGUUUACAUGAUUUCUAAAUUGCAUGAACUUUUUUUUGUUUGUUUUUUUGUUUUUUAUCUAAAUAAAUAUGUAUAUUUACAGAAAUUG